AUGAGUGACGCCAAAAGAAAGAUCCUGGGUCUUUUCAGGACCCGUAGCUCUCCAGGCUCCUCAGACCGGACUUCCAAGGACUCCAAAGGUCGCGACAGAGACCGCAAGUCCCGACGCCCAUCUGCUACCCAAUCUCAGCGGAGCCGUCGACCGCGAUCUCAAGGCACACCUUCUUCGCCUGUCGCAAAACCAGCUGUGAGGGAGUCGGCUGCCAUUCAUGUCUCUACCUCUCCCCACCACCUCCCUGCGCUGACGGAAUGGCCGCCUGAGGGCUUCACAAGAGAUGGGAGUCUCACCCAGGGAAAGGCGAUGGAACUUAUUGCCUCUGGUACACCGGUUUUCAAAGGGUCGCGACGCCCGGUCCCCAACUUCCCCGAUGCAUAUCACCUGUAUGCGACUUUUGGGGGGAAUGCCGAAAGUGACAGUGCCAUACCUUUCAAUGCGGCCUUUACUGCUUGCUCAUUUCGGCCUCAAGAUCCAGGGCCUGUACAGCAUCCAUGGGAAACUCUGGAGCAGCCCAGCAUGGCGUUUUGCUACGGAACUCGGCCUGGUACAAUUACCUUGAAUCAUUGGGCGAGUACAUUUGGGAAGCCGAAUCUAGACAUAGAGCUUGCAGAGCCCGAUAUUAAACCAAGGGAGGUGGAGCUUUCGACCAUCUUGGAACGCUUGAUCUACCUAGAGGGAGGCUUUGAAGAGGACUACGAGGAUCUGAUGUACAAGAAUCUCUACAAGAACUUCCUCAGGGACCCCGAUAAAUCCCGCAAUCCACAUAGGGGCAUGGAACAGCAGAUAGCAGACCUUAUCGUCGUCUUGACUCGGAGACAAUGGAUCGACUUCAGCCUCCCGGGGAACCAGGUUGUAGCCAAGUUCUUCGCCAAUGCUACUUAUACCGAUAAUGGGGGAUAUAAGACAUUCUUCCAUCAACUACUCCUCAGCUUAGAGUUGGACUUUCGGAUUCACUCAAAACGCCAUGCUGAAUGGGCAAAGGAGAAACUCCUUUCUCAGCUGCCACCCUGCAUUGCUUGGGACUUAGCUCUCGCGAGGAAGUGGCGCGAAUGUAUGAGCAUUGAGAAGUUCAAAAUUGGCAGUGAUCCUGAACAGAUAAGAUUUCAUCUCAAGGCCAAGAAGUCGCAAGUCAAGGCCCUGAGGAGGUUCGCGAGAGCAAUGAAAUGGCCAAAUAUUGCCAAGGUCGACAAUGUUCUUAAAGAAAGGGACCCUGAUGCCAAAGCGUUGGAAGACCGAAGCUCGGAUGCAAUGUCCUACUUCACAGGAAUGAUUCUACCUGGAGGGACAACUCCUUGGCUAAUCAUGAAUACCCUGGUUGAUUGUGAUGAUGAUGUUGGGCCGAAUUCUCUGGCUGCUCUAACACAUAUACACCCAAACACUGGAUUCCAAUACAAAGGCACAACUUACUGGUCAAGUACAUCCAUAGUAGGCAAAGUUUUAGCCCCGGAAUGCCAAGAAAUCGGCGGCUGGGUGGGACCAGCAAGGCCCGCACCAGACCUGUCUCGCAUGCAAGUUGCACGAAUCCGGCAACGGCGUCCGAAACAAGUCCUCACUCCCAGCGACGUAGAGAGUAUGAUGGAACGGUCCGAUCCCCUCGGCCCUCCGUCAGAAAGCUAUCCCAUCUCUGAAUACCAGCUCCUCCAUCCAGAGGCCGAGGACUUCCUGAACACAGUUCGCAUCGAGAAACUCGCUCUCAAACCCGCGCCAUCCUCUUCCGAUACCCAGGUCAAAAUCCCAACCUAUGAUGCAGCCGUGCAAUUUGCGAUCGAUGGCCGUUCCUGGCCUCUACGCCUUUCAUACGACGUCUCCUUCAUUUCUGCAUGUCCCUGUUCGCGCGGCCCACACCCGCUGUUCUUCGACUACAUAUACAAAGCCGUGAAAGUGGAAGAGAUACUCACGAUUAAGCAUUGGGGAGAGCCAGAUGCGAAUGCGAGCAUUAGAGCUACCUCUAGCACGGGGGCGGCGACACCAUCUACAUCGGGGCUGGGGAAAGAGGCGCAAGAUGAAGAUAAUGAAAGUGAGAAGGUGUUAGUCGUAGAGGCGUUUGGCGUUAGUGAUAAUGAGGUGUUGGCGAGGGCUUGGUGCUCGCAUUGGGGUUUGAGUGCUGUUGUCGCUGAUAUUGAGAAGACUUGCAUGGCAUGUGCAAUUCGCGAAGCAUAUGCAGCAUGCGUCAACGUCGCCAUUCUCGUAGAUGGCGUUCGUGAAGAUGAAGACUUAUGA